UUUUUUAUUAUUUCUAUUCAAUGACAUCUCACGAACACACACACACAAAAAAAAAAAAAACUAUCGUCUUUUUUACUUUAACUUUUCCAAAAUCAACUGUAUGAAUAUCUAUGUAAAGAUUGAAACUUGAUUUCAAAUAACACAUAUCUUGAACUUCCUGAGUUUCACAGAUGUACUACUACUCUGUUUUGUGUUCUGCUUUCGUAUGUUUCGGGAAAGUUUUCAUUUUAGUGAAUUUGUAACUUCCUGAGCUCUUAUAUAGUAUGGUGUCUGUAAGGUGUUUGAUGGUUUUCCUCGCUGUGUUUUAAGGUGAAUUGAGUUUGGUGUUUAGGAUUUGUAUUUCAACUUCAACCUGUUGUUUGAUGACUUAAGAGAUACUCAACACUUCAAUCUUCAAGUACACCCAGAGCAUAGCUUAUCUUUGCUCUAUCCAAAGUUUAGAUUCUGGACUAGCAUCAUUUUGUGAUCCUUUUUCUUCAUCUUAGUGGUAUUGAUGAUAAAUGUUUUUUGACUUUUGUUAAAUGGUGUGAAUACUACUUUAUGGAUAUGACCCUUUAUGCGAUAUCAACGAUCCGAUGGUAGUUGCUGUGGAAUCUCUAGACUCAAGCAAAAAGAGAAAGCUGCGUGCUGAAGAAUCAGACUUGUUACCUCUGCCAAAACACUUUUGUCAGGAGCAACAAGCUUCUCUUAUUGAUUCUUCAUGUCAAUCAUCAGACAUAGAAUAUGCAGAAUGCUCUUAUGGCACGGAAGACACAAAAACCAGCGAGGAGGCCUCCUCUUCUGCAUCUUUUACAAGCCCUUCUUUGUACAUGUUUAAAGACUCUGUUUGUUCAACUGGAAGUUCUAGUUCUGGUUAUGCUACAUCAAGCAUAGAACAGUCCUCCUGUUCCAAAGUUGAUCACAAAACACAAGAAGAUGCUGAUGAAGACUUUACUCUCAUGGAAUUCAUUUGUCCCGACUCCGAUUUAGCGGUUGAAGACGAUCUUCAAGAGGUUCUGAAUCCAGUUGGGUCUUAUAUUCUUUCUUCUGCAAGGUGGAGUGUCGGCAACCAAGAUUCUGAAGAAGCUACAACGAAACCAACCAUUGACCAAGAGUUUGAGCAGUACUUUUCAACACUUAUGAUGUAAAUAUUUAUGUAAUCACUAAUCACGGUAAUAUUUAUGUAAAUAUUUCACCUUGUUUUCUUUGGUUAGAAACAUAUAAAAUCCUUUUACAUGUC